AUGGCCGACACGAGGCACCUUUUCCUUACUGGCGCCUGUCUGGUGGCCUCCGUGGCCAUCAGCUAUCUGCUGUUGCGACGGGCCGGUCUGGCCACAGCUCCCCCGACCACCCCUUCCUGUCCAAUGCCGGCUCUGCGGCCGCUGGAUGUGGAUGACGCCCUUUUCGAGGGUGAUCCCUCGGUCCGGGAGAUGGUGGCCACCCUCCGCCGGCGGUCGGAUGUUGCCGCGCGAGUGGGCAAUACGCGUCUGAUUGAGCUGACCUCCCUUAGCCGACUGACCGGCUGCCGAAUCUUUGCCAAGACCGAGUGGGAGAACCCCGGUGGAUCGAACAAAGAUCGUGUUGCCCUGGAGAUAAUCGCCGAUGCCCUAGCCACGGGUAAGAUCUCUCCUGGGGGCACCAUCUUUGAGGGGACCGCCGGCUCGACUGGUAUCUCGCUAGCCAUGUUGGCUCGGCCGCUGGGCAUUUCGGCACACAUUCUCGUUCCCUCGGACCAAGCCAAAGAGAAGACCGACCUACUGGAGUCCCUCGGGGCGGUGGUCGAGCGCGUGCCGCCUGUGAGUUUCUCGAACCCCGACCACUUCUGCAAGAAGGCCCAACGCAUGGCUAGUGAGCAUCCGAAUGCCCUUUUCGCCGACCAGUUUGACAAUCUCGCCAACACCCGAGCGCACUACCACAGCACCGGGCUGGAAAUUGUGGCACAGCUGCGCGAGCUCGGCAUCGACGGGCCCGAUGUCUUUGUGGCAGCCUCCGGCACUGGUGGCACCCUCGCCGGCAUUGCGCGGCGGCUGCGUCGAGAGACGGCCAACGCAACGACGAUUGUUCUGGCCGAUCCGCAGGGUUCCAGCCUCUUCAACCACGUCGUCAAUGGGGUGCUUUACUCCUCGACCGAGGCUGAAGGUCGACGCAAGCGUAACCAGGUUGACUCCAUCACCGAGGGCGUCGGCAUUUCUGGUCGUCUGACCGGAAACUUUCGCCUGGCUGACCCGGACGCCGCUCUGCGGGUGUCGGACCAGGAGGCUGUCGAUAUGUCGCGCUUCUUGAAGCAGCACGAGGACAUCUUUGUGGGGAGUUCCAGCUCGGUAAAUGUUUUCGCCACGGUAAAGACCGCCCUCUCACUGGGACCCGGUCAUGUGCUGGUGACGCUCCUGUGUGAUUCUGGCGAACGGCACCGGUCGAAAUUCUGGAACCCGGAAUUCCUGGCCGCCGAGGGCCUGAUGGAGCCGGAGCCGACCAUGAUGCCGGAUUUCGCCAAUGGCGCACGUCUCCGACCCGCCCGUGGCCGACCUUGGCCGCGGCCGGAUCAGCGUGCCUCGGCCCCCGUAAUGGCCUGA